AACGAAUGUACUGAAGACCAUUCAAGUCGAAUCUCUCGAUGCGCAUCACCGCCGAACGAAAGUUCACAUGAAGAUCGCCUGCCGUUUGCAUGGGAUCCACGAUCGAAGCCUAUAGCAAGGGCGAAACCAAUCGUGCUUCCAGCCGAUGAUCCAAUCUUUGCGAACAUUGAUCAGAGCAUCAAGAUAACUCAAAGUACUCUAUCACGUAUUCAAGAUUUCUUAAGCCCUAGAGGACCGCUGAGCAGCGAAGAUACUUUUACUUUGCCUGAGUUAUCCCUGGUAAAUGUUUUCAUCAGUCUUUUCUUCAACAGAUUUCUACCCCAAGCGCCAGUCCUGCAUCGACCGACGGUGGAUUUCGACGCUCUACCACCGGCACUGCUGGCUAUAAUGAUGGUCAUUGGUUCGUGCUAUAGCCGUUUACGCCAUACACGAAGAUUUGGCAUCAUUGUCUGCGAUCGCACAAGGCAGAAUCUUUCAGCUCUGAUAGAGGAAAACAACAGUCUCAUGCGAGAGCCUUUGAUCAUCUAUGCCGCUGCGCUCGUCUGCUACAUGGGUCUCUGGUGCGGAAACAAACGCGCCUUUGAAUUGUCCGAGGCACUACGCGCUGUGGUUGUCACUUACAUCAGGCGCUUGCCAAGCAUCAACAAUCCUCAGAACCACGAGCUCUAUCAAGGACAUCAAAACAACACUGAUGAAUACGUGAGCCCGGUAGCGCGCCUGACAAUUUCUUCUGCGAUUGAGUUGCAAUGGUUGGACUGGGCAACACAAGAAAGCCACAAACGAUUGCGUUGGUUUGUGUACAUGAUUGAUUCGCAAUUCCCAGCCAUUCUCGGCAUGAGUGGCAUGUUGACAAUGGCGGAUAUCAGGAAGUGGGAGUGCCCAUGUGACCAAGAUUUCUGGACAAUUCGUCGCCCAGACACCACUUCAUCCCACGUACAACGCUGUUCCAUCAUCACAUAUCACUUGGCACGAAUGUAUUUGGUCUUACCUGUGUCUGAUAUUCAAGACUGUCUCGGAAGAUCUGGACCUACAGACGCAAAAGCUGCAAUGAGUAGACUGGUCAUCUGGAUUUCUCAGUGCCCAGAGCAAGCAAUGCGCGUACUGGAAGACGCAUCCACAUGCAUC